AUGCACACCAGAACAACCAAAUUAAAAAACAAAAAAAUAUGGUCCCAUUCAUUAACACCGACGCCUCCUUUAUUCUAUUAUCCCACGCCCCCAAAUACACAUCUUCCGUUCCCAUCUCUAUCUCUCGCAAACAGCAAUAGCCGGAAGAAAGAAAAGGUGGGGGGGAAAGCAGAAUCAACUGCUCAUCAAAUUUGCUUCUCCUACAAAAAAAAUUUAAACAACCAUGCAUCGGAGGAUUGUCCUUCUUAUCCUUCUGGCUUCCAUUCUGUUCAUCAGAGAUGCAACAUCCCAGGAUUCAUCGCAAAAGUGCACUUGCUCGCCUUGCGGCAGUCCCUGUACAAACCCAAUCCCUCCACCACCCCAACAAGAGAAUUACCCUCCCCCACCACCCACAACGCCAGAGUACUACCCACCACCAACGCCACCGCCAUCGCACCGCCAUCGCCAUCGCCACCUCCGCCAAUCCUUCCACCAUCGCCUGCACAGCCUUACUGCCCACCGCCGCCACAUCAUCCUUCACCACCAUCUCCGACCACCCCUUCUAAUCCUUGUUGUUCCCCUUCCUCAAGAUCUGCACCGUAUUUUGGUCUUAUACCACCGGGCCAGCUCUAUCCACAGGAUCCGACUUUUCUAACUUCAGCUGCUCAUCAAAGGUUAAAUGACCGAUUUUUUCUUUUUGUUGUGUUUUUCUUUAUUGUUUUGCGAUGGUGAGGUGAUGGUGGGAGCGAUGGUGGUGUUAAGGAGUUAAUUUUAACUUUGUUUACAGUAAUUUUUUUAGUAUUUUAUUCUGAUGUUGAAUAUGUUGCAAUUGUGUGGAACGAAGCUGGAGUGAAUUCGAAUAAAUAAAACUAAGCGUUAUUCAUA